CCUCACAACUCAUCUUGGUAGGACACACACAGAGGACUUCUCCAGACAUGAACUCGAUUAUUCUCGCAACGCUGCUCGCCGUGGCAGCCGCCGCUCCUCAGAGCUACGGGCCUCCCCCUGCCUUUGGUGGCGGUGGUGGCGGAGGACGCGGCGGUGGUGGUGGUGGUGGUGGAGGACGCGGGUCCAUCAGCGGUGGACGAGGCGCCGCUGGCCCCGGAUUUAGCGCCGGUGGAUUCUCUGGAGUGAAUGUUGGCGGUGGUGGUGGUGGUGGCUCCGGAGGUCAGCCCGCUUACUCAGGAGGUUCCGGCGGUGGAUUUGGAGGAGGAUUCGGUGGAGGCCCCGUCGUGGCGAUCGUGCGUGACGACCGCAACGGUCCCGUGGACGGCGUGUACGACUUCGCGUACGAGAGCGCGGACGGUACGAGUCGUAACGAGCAGGGCGCUCCCUCGGGCCCCAACGGCGCCGUGGUGCAGCAGGGCAGCUGGAGCUUCACGUUCCCGGACGGCUCCCCAGGCCAGUUCAGCUUCAUCGCUGACGAAGGAGGCUACCGCGUCGAGUCCCCGCUGCUGCCCACCCCUCCCCCCAUGCCCGCCCACGCCCUCGAGCAGAUUGCCAAGGCUGAGCGCGAGAGAGCUCAGGGCAUCGUGCACGACGGGCAGUACGACCCCAGCCUGUAUGGCGGCUCAGGCGGCGGUGGACAAGGUGGAUUCCGGGGAACAAGCGGAGGACAAGGUGGAUUCCGGGGAACAAGCGGAGGACAAGGUGGAUCUUUCGGCGGCGCACAGGCCGGCGGAUACAGUGGUGGACAAGCUAGUGGAGGCGCUGGUGGAUUUGGUGGCGGACAAGGCAGUAGUUUCAGUGGAGGACAAUCUAGUGGAUUCGGUGGUGGAAGCCAAGGAGGCCAGAGAGGAGGACAAAGAGGAGGUCAGAGUGGUGGCUCUUACGGUUACUAAUUCAUACGUGACCACCCAAACCAAACCAUGAACCGUCCCUCCGUGAAUGCGACCACCAGACUACCGCUCAUGCAUGCUUGCGCGUAAUGACUUUAGUAUGAACAAUUUAUUUAUGUACACAAACGCUACUUUUUUGCUACUCUAUCUUCCAUUCCACUUACAAGUAAGAAAGAAUUCACAAAUAUUUUUCUUUAGGUACCUUCAUCGUGUGGUGACAGCACCGAUACGGAAAUAGAAUCUUAAUGAUUCUUCCAGUCUCGCAAUUCUCAAUUCAAUCAGGCAAAAAUGCAAGAGACAAAACUCAUAAUUUCCAUGAAUUUUUCAAUGAAACAAUCCACUCAAAUAUUUUCCUAAUUUCUCGAGCCGAACGAAUGUUACGAACUUCAGCUUAUUAUUUAUACGAAAAUAUAGACUCUCACUUUAGUCGCCUGUAAAUGCUGCAAGUCUAUACUUGCAUUACUGUGAUAAUGCUAGGCGCUGCUGCAAAAUCUUGAAAACAGAUUGUAUUUAAAAAGUUUUGCAUUAUAUCUUGUCAAUUA